GAAGGUUCAAUAUUUUCGGAAUUUUCACGUGCGGAUUAAUUUUCCGGCCACAGGAAAUCUCUAAUUACUUGGACGAUCGAUAUUGAUGACUAUGUUGUGAUGUCAUUUAGUGACAAUGUCCAGUGUGGAAAAACCAAAACCGAUUUUGCCUAAGAAAGGACAAAUCAUCAUUGAAGACAUCCAGGACUUGGUGUUGUGCAAACCCCGUCUGAUCCCCCUUAAGAGUUUCACUUUGGAAAAAUUGGAGAAAAUGCAACAAGAGGCCCAAAAAUCGCAAUCCCAGCAGAGUCCCAAAGACGAGUAAAAAUGAAUUACGGGCCGCUGAUUUCGAAAAUUUUGCUCUCUUUUAUUCUUGCCUCGACGGUCUUGUACCGAUAUGGGAACUGGUUCAGGCACCACAUUGUGGUGACCUUGAUUGUGCUUCUUGCUUGGUAUUUCAGUUUCUUGAUUAUUUUCGCGCUUCCGUUGGACGUAAUUUCGACGGUUUACCGCCAGUGUAAGGAAGAACAUGACACUUUUGACAACGCCACUUCUUCACUGAUGCAAAAUGUUACAAAUAAAAGUAUUGAAAAGUGUGAGGAGCCGUGGAGUCGAGUCCCUCAUGAGGUUUUUCCGAACUUGUGGCGUACUGUGUAUUGGAGCACUCAGUGCUUAACUUGGCUAGUCAUGCCCAUGAUGCAAUCGUACAUCAAAGCUGGUGAUUUUACAGUCAAAGGCAAAUUGAAAUCGGCUGUAAUCGACAAUGCGAUUUAUUACGGCUCUUAUUUGCUAAUCUGUGGAGUUCUACUAAUUUACUUGGCCCUCCAGCCUGGGAUUCACCUCGACUGGUCAAAACUAAAAGCAAUUGCUUCGUCAGCUAGCAAUACUUGGGGCUUAUUCCUCCUAGUUUUGCUGUUCGGAUACGCUUUAGUUGAAGUCCCUCGAACUCUGUGGAACAACUCAAACCACAGUUUUGUGCUAACACAUUCGUAUUUCAAGGCCGCCAAGCUGAGUUCGGACAAGUGCGAGGCCGAGGAAACCGUCGACGAUGUCCUCGAGUCGCUACAAGCCGUCUCAUUGGCCAUUAAUUCGCGGCAUCCAUUGCACGCCCACUUGGAGACCAUUCUGCAAAAGGUGCCCACGGAAUUACGGGACAGAAUGAACCGGAGGCAGCUCCCCGAAGACACCCCCACGGAUUUACCGAGCGAAAAGGCACUAGUCAGGCUCCACAAGCAAACGAUAAAGUCGCUCCAGGUGUUUCAGAGAACCGAAACACAGUGGAACCUUCUCGUCGAGAAGAUUUUCGAUCUUGAGGACACUAUCAAAAAUCAGAUUUCGCGAGAUAAGCGAUUUAAACGCACAUUCCAAAAACCCCGAUCUCUUUUCAGGAGGUUUUUGUACGUCCCGACAGUUGAGUGGUACUGGAAGUGUCUUUUUUAUGGCUACACGCAAAAAUUAUUGGCUGUUAUGGCUGGGCUUUUUUCGGUGGCUGUGGUUUGGUCCGAAGUGACUUUUUUCAACAAACAGCCAGUUCUCUCGAUUUUUGCCGCUAUUGUUAACAGAGCUAAAGUCAAGUACGACUAUUUUACGAUAGAGUUAUUGUCGACCAUAAUAAUCCUGUACUUAUGCUACUGUGCUUACUCAACGGUCCUCAAAAUAAAACUCCUCAACUUGUAUUACUUAGCACCGCACCACCAAACGAACGAGUACAGUUUAAUCUUCUCAGGGAUGAUGUUGAGCCGACUGACGCCUCCUCUGUGUUUAAAUUUCCUCGGCUUAAUUCACAUGGACAGCCACAUAAUAAAAAAACAAGUCAUGGAGACCCACUACACCCAAAUCAUGGGUCAUAUGGACGUCAUUUCAAUAAUCUCCGACGGCUUCAACGUUUACUUCCCAAUGGCCAUUCUAGUCUUUUGUUUAGCGACGUAUUUCAGCGUCGGCUCGCGCCUUUUAUCAAUGCUGGGUUUCCACCAGUUCGUCGGCGACGACGAAAUGACCACCGACCUGAUCGAAGAAGGCCGCGAAUUGAUCAAGCGGGAAAAACGCAAACGCCAGCGGUCGGAGGAGGCCAGCACGAGACGAACCGAAUUCAGUGAACGGUUCCCGACCACGGGGAGGUACAGGCCCCGGGGAAGCACCGACACGAUUCGUCCAAUGACGCAACUGGAAAAUUUGGACAACACGCGCUCAAAUUUGCUGCAAGAGUCGCACCCGCUGGACUCGUACGAGAGUCGGAGGUACACGAGUGAGGUCGAUACGAGGUUUCCCCCGGAUCAGGACGAUAUCGAUGCGCGGUUCGGCGCCAGCACGAGGAUUAACGAACGGUAUAACAGUUCGCAGGAACUGGAGCCGAGGUUUGCCGACUCGUAUCAGUCGGAUGGUAACUAUAGAAACCGCGUGGGGGCGCCCCCGAGGGGCAUUUUCGACGACGUUUAAGUUGUUUAAGUCAGUGAUGUUUAUUAUAUUGCGUUGAGAAAUUAUAUUUUUAUAUUGUUUAUAAGGCAGUUUGGUUUUUCAGGUUUCAGCUGAAACCCACCAUAGUCAAGUCUUGUAAUAGUAGGUUUUAGCGUCCAACGUUUCACGGUAGUAACUUAUUUCAGUGUAAUCACGAUUUCUUCUGGGUCGGAUUUUUAAAUCAAGUUGGCAACACUAAAUAAUGAGUCGCAGGCCACUUUGAUGAGAAACUUAAUUGAAAGCCUGGCAUUUGUUAUGUAAUAUUCCAAUUACACG